GCCUGCUCACCCAGACUGGCACACCCACCCAGCCGUCAGCGAGGGGGAGAGUCAUGUGGGCCUUCCGGGCUUCCUGGUCCUCAGCUCCGCCUCGCGUUGGUUUGGCCGGACAGGGGGAAACACUUCACAGUUAAAGAACAAAAGCAGCAACGGACCGACCGAGGGGGAGGAACAAACGGCGACUCACAUUCAGCCUUUUAAUCUCCCGAGUUGGAUAUUUGUGUCCCUGACCGAGAAUUAACCAACGAUUGAACUCCUACGACUGGGGACAAACUUGGUUGCGUCGUAUCUUUGAAUCCCGACCGUAAUCCGUCGAGGUGCUUGGUAAAAAUAAGACAAGGGUCAGCCAAAUAGAUGGACGGUAUUGUUUCCUCGCUCGGUGCCUCCAACUUCGGUCAUAUAUAUCCUAGUAGUGUGGAGUAGGCUCAGUUUUUCUGGUUUACGUGUCACCAGAACGGACCCUGGGGAUUAAGGGGUAUUUCGGCAAUUUCGGUUUCUGUUGCCAUAUCUUUUCCUGUGAAGAGGCCUCUCUCAUCUCUCAGGACUGAGAAACUUGGAAGUGAAACAAAAGCCUGACCAGCUAGGAUGGCGGAACAUAUUUUGAUAGCCGACAUGGCGUCAUAUACCGAACGCAACGGCAGAGACAGACGACUUGUGGACCUAGAUGAGCCUUUUGAAGUGGAUAUGACGGAGCCAGAGCGUGAAGAAAAGGCAGAGACCAAACGCUCUUCCAAGAAGUUGCGGCACUCCCCCAGCUCAGCAGAAAGCAGUGCCAGUGGCGUGGCUAGUUUCACCACCAACCAUAACUCUGUAGUGUGCCUGCCUCUGGUCUCAGAGGGGCUCAAACUGGUAUGGACCCAGUCCGAUCAGACCCGAGAACUUGACUCAAUCCCAGAACUUGUCAAUGCCUUUAACUUGUUUCCAUACCCAUCGUCCAAAGAGGUUAGCACACUGGCUCGGGUCUGUGUGUUGCCACUGGACAAAGUUAAGGUGUGGUUCAUGGUGCAGAGGAUUAAAUAUGGUAUCAGCUGGUCUUCUGAAGAGAUAGAGGAGACAAGGAGGAAGUUGGCUGUGCCUGAGCUUUGUGAGGACUCCGCUGAAACAAACGGAGCCAAUUUAAAAACCAAGAGCAAAAACUUAGACGAGGAAAAGGACAGCGAUGAGGAGUGUGAUCUCAUUGGUUUUGUACCUGAAACAAAGAUGGCAAAGUGUGAGUCUCCAGAUUCACAUAAAUCCAAUCCUCCAUGUUUUAGGUCAAGUCUCCCACCUCCUCAGGAUUCAUAUUUCUACCGCUCACCAGCAGACACUCCAGCGACCACAACAGCUGACGUCUCCCCUGACCUCUCAGAGUCCUCUUCGCAACAGUACCGGCACGGGCGCUACAAAAAGUCAAAAGCUCAACUCGCUGCCCUCCGCAAAAGCUUCCUAAGAGAGAACUGGCCCGCAGAGCCUGAGCUCAAGCGUUUGCAGGAAGAAACAGGUCUGAGCCGCAAUGACAUUCGCAAAUGGUUCAGUGACAGUCGUUAUCAGCUAAGAGUGGGUCGUGGAAGCCUGGCAGCAGCCCAGACCUUUUCUCACCAGGCUUCUGUUGGGAGUAAACAUGAACCACAAUCUCAAACUCAGCCUCUUUCACUUACUAACCAAAAAUCUCGUCAAGUAAACGGGGUGAAAAGCAAUGAGGGAAGCCGGAAUAACGGGAUCAGAAAUUCACAUUUCUUUCAGACUUUUCUGUCAAACAGUCUAGAAGCAUUUGGGGAAAAGCUCCACGAGCCACAAGCAAAUGAAGCUGUAGAAGAACUUUCUGGAGAUACUUUCAAAGAGGAGCAAGAAACUGAAGAAGAGCCGCUACAGUUGACCAAGACCUGCAAGAUUGAGCCAGAAAUUGUAGAGUUAAAGUCUUCUCCUUGCUCUUCCCCCUCUCGCACUCCACCGCCUACCGCCUCCCCCACCAAAACAUAUUCACACAGAAUCCGUGCAUCAAAGAAGUCGGUGCAUUCAACUAAAGCCAGUCCCUCACAGACAGCCACUUGCUUCUCAGGCGCUUCCACGUCCACGUCCCCUGCACUCACUCCUGCAGGACGUCCCAGAAAGACCAAGGAGCAGUUGGAUGUGUUAAAGCAGCACUUUUUGAAGUGCCAGUGGCCCACAAGUGAGGAAUACACCGAACUCGUCAAACUCACAGGUUUACCCAGAGCGGAUGUUAUUCAGUGGUUUGGCGACACUCGCUACGCUGUCAAAAAUGGCCAGUUGCGCUGGGUGAAGGGCGUCCGCGAACAGUUUUUGGCAGAACUUGCUGCCCAGCAAAGCGGCAGCGGCCUGUCGAACGGCACUGGAACCUCAACUCGUGGCGGGGGAGGGCGCAAACGAAAACUAAGCAGAGCAAGUACAGAUUCUCCCGAUAUCCAGCCACUAGUAUCAUAUUACCUUACGACGGGCACACUAAAUGAAAAAGACCUUGACCUACUAUGCAAGAAAUCAAGAAUGAGCUACCAGCAAGUGCGAGACUGGUUUGCAGCUCAAGAGGUUGGGGAAACUGAUGAAGAAAUUGUUGUGGCUUAGGACCUUUUCUAAAAAAAAAAAAAAACUUUAAAAAAAAAAACCUGAUCUGCCCACCCCGUCACGCACGCACACACACACACACACACCUUUUACACAACAGAUGUGAUUAUUGCUGUGGUUCAUGUUGCUUUAAUUAAGGCAGGUUUGUAAAAUCCAGUCUUCCCUCAACAAGCCCAAAGUGUGGUUUGUGUAUUUUUUUUAUAUAGAUAUGCUGCAUUUCCUGUUUAUUCUAAUAUAUUUAGAUCCGAAUUAUAUUUCUACUGGCUCUGUUGCUGUAAAUAGAACAGUAACCUCUACACUGGGUUGCUAUAUUUUUGACCUCCUUUUUGUUUAGAUAUCACUACAGUUGUUUUUUUUCUAAUGUAUUAUAUUUGUAGCAGUAUAACAUAAUCAGGUAACUAGCUGUAGAUCCAGAAAAAAAACGGCUACACUGACAACCUAUUGACUGAUCAUUCCUUUCUAGCCGUUAUAUUGUAUUCAUGAAAAGCACACUGGACUUGCUCCUUUAUAAUACAACAUCUUGCACUUUGGUUUUCCAACCUGCUGCCCCUACGCUAAUAACAUACUAGUAUUUCACAAUCUAUACUCCUGAUUAGUGUCAUUAUUUUUACUCCGUGCUGUAGAACUUGUUUUAAAACAACAGCACGGUACAUCUCAUAUGUGUAAUGCAUUUCCAGAACAUUUCCUAAAUUGCUCGUCACUCUGUAGAGGUGUUUUACUUACCAAUUUGAAUGCCUUGUCAUUUGCAUUCUGCAGCAUGUUUCUAACAGUAAAGGUUGAACCAGGUUGCGGGAAUUACAUCAUUGCAUAGAUGGCAGAAUUGCUAUAUUAUUAAAUGAGCUAGUUAGAAUUUAAUAGGCAUAGGGUGUAAUUUUAUAGUUUAAAAUGUGGGCAGAAGGUGAGUUUUGAAAUACAAGCGAAAAUGAACCAAAAUCCAAAGACUGGUAACAUUUCACACAAAGUGACAGAGCAAUAUAAUCGGGGUCAUAAGUUCACGUACAGUUGACAAUAUUUAAGUACUUCUUGUUGAUGUCAGCUUUAAACGGAGUUCAACUCUUUGAAAAUGUUCGUCCAAAGGUCAAACAGCCAGAAACUUGACAAAGUGGCGCGUAUGACUUAAGUUUUUCCUCCUGUCGCUCAUGAAAAGGUAAUGCAACUGUCAUGCUGUUGAUGUAAAUCUAUACAUGUAAAGUCUUCAAGGUUAUUUUAUUUUUAAUUUUUUUUUUCCUGUUUGAAAAGAGAAAAUCUCAUUUGCACAAUUGUGUCACUGGAAAAUAGUUAAGUGUUUUUGCCAUUAUAAUCAAGUGUACAAAGAUUUGUUUGUGUGUGUUAUGAAUACAGACACCUGUGACGACUUC